AUUAUCUGUUAUCACUUCUAUUGUGCAGGUGAAAAAAAUGUUACGCGAAAUCAAAAUAUUAAUCCUUUUAGUACCACUAAUCCAAUCACUACCUGAUGGAGCCCCUUUGUCAGCUUGUAAAAACAUGAAACCUUCAUUCAGGAGAGGAAGUUAUGAAAGCAUUGACUUGGAGGGUCAUCUUGAACUGCCUAUAAACAUUCGACCUAUCCAAGGUAGACCCAGGAAACCUCCAUAUUCAAUUAUUUUGGAUAAGUACAUCUACAACAAGAAUGAUCAAAUAACAAUUAGGGUUGCCGCCAAUCAAACUUUGGGUCACAUCUAUUUCAGUGGAUUGCUUUUGCAAGCUAGAAAGGUCUCGUGUAAAACCGAUUCAGGGUACCACAUGGAAGAAAAUGCUGUGGGAGAAUUUCUGUUAAAGUUGAAUAACGAACCUGUCGGAAACGCUCUAAAGUAUUUGGAUUGUUUUGCUUACGUCAUGGCCUCAUGGAAUGGAGAGGGCGAUGAUUUUUCCGGCAACGAUGAUGAAACACAAAGACCGGUGCUCAAAAUAGACGACGAAGAAGACAUUCAGCCUGAUACAGCCGAUAAUGUUGAGAGACAAGCCGGCGAUAUUUUCACCCAUUUUACUCAUGAAAUGCAUCGUACGCACGACCCUUUAACUCCUGUUCCACCUGUAGAAAUACCAGAUCCACUAAGCGUCGAAGCGAAAAUCGGUAGAAGACUUGCGGAGAUUAGCGACACUCUCCGAUUAAAGCGAAAUAAAGUUGAUAAAUAUAUUGACAAACUGGAUAUGACGCAAGAGACAGCUUAUGAACAAUUCGCUCAAGUUGCAAGGCAUAUCAUACAACGUGGUGAGAUCAAUUGGGGUCAAAUUGUAGCACUUUUGUAUUUUGGAUAUAGAGUUGGCGUUUACGUUUUACAAAGAAACUGGUCAAAAUUUUUUAUAAAUGUGACGCAAUACGUCAUUCGAUUUUUAUCCGCUGAACAUAUUUCGGAGUGGAUAGCGAGAAAUGGUGGAUGGAGAACAGUCCUCCAUUUGGUGCCAGAAGGAGUUACGACUACAAUUACCGAUUAUUUGCCUUCAGCAGAGACGACAGUUACUAUUCUCGGUGCUUCCUUAACCGUCGUGGGAGCAUUCUGUUUAGGAUUGUGGUUAAGUAGGAGGCUUUCAUAG